GUAUUUCCAGCUUUGCGGCUUUCACUUCCACUUCUACAAAGUAGGUGGAGUGGCCUCCUGUGGACGAAUCAGAUUUCUCCUCAGCCCCAACUUCAAGAGGUGAGCCAGGAGUCCAGGGUCUCAGACACGCAGGCGGCGGCAGCAGCAGCAACAGAGGCAGCAAGAGGUCCGGGUUAGACCAGAGGCCAGAACCAUGGAAGACCAGCGGGACCUCAUCUCCAACCAUGAACAGAUGCCCAUGCUGGGCCAGCGCCCCAGUGCCCCGGAGAGCAAGUGCAGCCGCGGAGCUCUGUACACAGGCUUUUCUGUCCUGGUGGCGCUGCUCCUGGCUGGUCAGGCCACCACUGCCUACUUCCUGUACCAGCAGCAGGGCCGGCUGGACAAGCUGACGGUCACCUCGCAGAAUCUGCAGCUGGAGAGCCUGCGCAUGAAGCUUCCCAAGUCUGCCAAGCCUGUGAACAAGAUGCGGGUGGCCACCCCCAUGCUGAUGCAGGCGCUGCCCGUGGAAGGCAUGCUCCAGGGGCCCAUGCAGAACGCCACCAAGUACGGCAACACCACACAGGACCACGUGAUGCACCUGCUCCUGAGGGCUGACCCUAUGAAGGUGUACCCGCAGCUGAAGGGGAACUUCCCAGAGAACCUGAAGCACCUUAAGAAGACCAUGGAGGGCCUGGACUGGAAGAUCUUUGAGAACUGGAUGCAUCAGUGGCUCUUGUUUGAAAUGAGCAAGAACUCGCUGGAGGAGAAGUUCACUGAAGGUUCACCAAAAGUACUGACCAAGUGCCUGGAAGAGGCCAGCCGCAUCCCCGCCAUCCACCCGGGCAGGUUCAAGCCCCAGUGUGACGAGAACGGCAACUAUUUGCCGCUCCAGUGCUAUGGGAGCAUUGGCUACUGCUGGUGCGUUUUCCCCAACGGCACCGAGGUCCCCCACACCAGAAGCCGUGGGCGCCAUAACUGCAGUGAGCCACUGGACAUGGAGGAUCUGUCGUCCGGGCUGGGCAUGACCACGUCCGGGCUGGGCACAACCAAGCAGGAUCUUAUCCAAAAAAUGUGAGAACAGCAACUGAAGACAGCAGCAUCCAUUCAGCCCUGCAAGGCCACAGCUUCCUUUCUCGUGUGUCCCCCAAGCCUAGCCCCAUACUCCUUCCCUUACAUGCCCUGCCCCCACCAUCUCACACUCUGUACCUCAUUCUAUGAGACUCUGGCUCCUGGCUGUCCGUCAUCCUUGGACACAACAAGUCACAUCAGAACAGCACAGACUAACAAUACAGCAGGGCCCUGCUGCCCAAGCCCCCAUCCACCAACAGGGACACAAGGCCCAAGGAGGUGGACCAUGAGCCAGGCUGACCCCCAUUUCUGACACCACAGCAAUCCCCUCGUGGAGCUCCAUGGACACACUGCUGUCCCACCCCUUCGGGCUUUAGCCUAGGCUUUCCAGCCAAUGUAACUGGGGGCACAAGCAACCCUCUCCCCUCUCCCAGCAGACCCAGCCUCUCCACAAUCCCUCUUUACCUGACAGCCCCGUUCCCUCCACGCAGCAAGCUUGUCAUGAGCCCUUAGGAAUGUGGUUCCCGUGAAAAUAAAGUGUAGUAAGUAGAA